GAGAGAGAGAGAGAGAGAGAGAGAGAGAGAGAGAGAGAGAGAGAGAGAGAGAGAGCGGGAGGGAAGGGGAGAAUUAAAGGUGGUAAUGAAUGAGUAAGGGGAGGAAUUAACGAAUGCUUAGUAAUUGAAGAAAAUAUCCCCGAGACGCACAAUUAAUUUAGCACAAACUGCAGCAUCAUUCAGAGGAGGGAAGGAGGAAGUGAACAAGGUGGAGAUGUGGGGGGAAAAAAAAAAGCGUGAGGUGGAGUGAAGAGGGAGGAGCGUAGGACCAGGAGGAAGGAGGUGUAGGACUCCAGAAGUCUAGGACUCCAGGACACACACGUGUGGCCACUCGCUGAGAUAGUGUUGCUGGUUCCUUCAGAUAUCACGAGCCACUGACACUGAAGCCGAGCUGAGACACUAGUCUCGUCACAUCCCUGUGCUCCCCAGGAGGAGGCUGUCUCUGUUUAUUGUGAUAAAAACCAACGGCAGUAGCCUGAGCUACAGCAGCCAGCCACACCCCUUCAGGGAUGUCCGAGACUGUGAGGUGCGAGGUGUGCUCUGAGUUAUACCAGACUGACUCCCGCGACCCGGUUCUCCUGCCCUGUGGCCAUACUUUCUGCCGCACCUGUAUCGUCAGCGUCCAGAAGGAGGGAGACCUCUCCUGCCCAUCUUGUAGUCAGGAUAUCAGCCAGGUUGAUGCCGCAGAUCUUCCCGUCAACAUCCAAGCCUUGAGUUUGUCUCUCGCCUAUACCAAGUGUCAACUUCCGUCUGAAGUGUUCCUGGAACUCAGUAAUGGUCAGCGUUGUCUUGGUCGUGUUUACAUUCAGCUGUGGUGCCACAUGCGACGUGCACAGCAGUUCCUGGCACUCUGCCUCGGCACUAUGGGCCCUUCCUUAGUCGGUGCACACUUCAGGAGUGUUUCAGAUGCCGACAAAGAACGAGAAACUAUUUGGUGUACUGAGUACGCCUCGCCCGAUGGAGGCACGGGAUACCGGGAGUUGAUGCUGGACAUGGAAUGGGACGGCGAGCAUAGGAGAGAGCCCAGAGAGGGCUUGGUGGUCGCUUACUCCAAUGACGUUAAUGAUUACGGCUUCGGCAUUUGUACCAAAGGAAAGCCUGGGGCCAAUUUCUCCAGUCCCUUCGGCGAGGUAUCGUCAGGGCUGGAGGUGGUCCGGGCGGCUGUUGGUCAUGAACCCGUUACUGAGGUCACGAUUACGGACUGUGGCCUAGUCAUUCCUGACCUUACACCCUGACACAACCCAAGUCGUGACGUAGUCACCCAGGUCAAUAUUACGGACUGUGGCCUGGUCAUUCCUGAUUUUACAAUGUGACACAACCCACCAAGUUAACAUAACCCACCAAGUUGACACAACCCACCACGUCGUGACCCUAUCACCAAGGUCAUCAUCACUGUGGCCUCGUCAUCGCUGAUCUAUUAUUCAGUUAAUAACUUCAAAGCGGAUCUCUAAUAACACUUGCAGAGGUUUGAAAAUAAUGUAUCCCUGAGACACUUUUCAACCUUGGCUGUCAAGACUGCGCCAGACCUGGUCAAGACCACGCCAGACCUGGUUAAGACCACGCCAGACCUGGUCAAGACCAUGCUAGACCUGGUUAAGACCACGCCAGACCUAGUCAAGACCACACCAGACCUGGUUAAGACCACGCCAGACCUGGUCAAGACCACGCCAGACCUGGUUAAGACCACGUCAGACCUUGUCAAAACCACGCCAGACCUAGUCAAGACCACGCCAGACCUGGUUAAGACCACGCCAGACCUUGUCAAAACCACGACAGACCUAGUCAAGACCACGCCAGACCUGGUUAAGACCACGUCAGACCCUGUCAAGACCACGCCAGACCAUGUCAAGACCACGCUAAACCUAAUCGCCAAGAUACUCUGGAGAACUAGCAAAAAAAAAAAAAAAAUCAUACAUGUCUUGGAAGCUUAUUUUAUGGACCAUCCUUGAGGAAGUGUCGUAAAGUACAGACUCUUUCAUCCGUUUUGUCUCAUUUUUUUGGUCCGAAUCUGACAGAUUAUUGCUCCUUUUGUGAGAUAACUUUCCGUUAUGUCUCCAGAUUACCUGUAUUGUCAAGACAUAUUUACACGAUAUUCAUGAAAAUUAAAUUGAUUUAGGUAUGUAUAUUUUAUGUAUAUAAUAUCCGAAUUUUGUAAAUACAGAUUAUAAUGCUGUGAAUACCAAUAAUUUUAAUUUGAAAUAGAUACAGUCGAGAAUUAAUGUAACUUAAUUUCUUGUAUCGUAAAUGCUAUGUUAUAUUGUAAUUAACAUGCCAUCUAUAUAAAUAAAAUGAAAGAACCGUAUAAUAAAUUUUAGAACCAAUAGCAAAAUAAGCUUGAAGAAAGAGAAGAGUGUAGACAGUAGCUAACAGUUCAGAGGAACUUGAACCAGCGCCUGGGUGAAUGCAAACACGCAUGUAACAAUCUGAAGAACACUUGCGAAAUACACAAGCAUUCACAAGGUCACUUGAUGAAAAGGAAAGGUGCCAAGUUGGUCGUGAAGGAGGACAAUCUGCAGAAACGUCGCAAACUUGGGGCUGCCUUGAUCGAAGAUUCCGAGACAGUAGCCCAAAACCUCAGGUAGUUUUAGCAUGCUGAUUCUACCUCACUACACACACACACACACACAUUACGCGAGUAGGUGACA